AUGGUAAUAGAGCAUUUUGUCAGCAUUACUUAACUAUGCUAAAAUCACAUUAGCAGAAAUUAAUUUUAAUGUGCAUUGUUAUCGAAAUUAUUCUCUUUGUUAGAUUUAUAAUUGCAUUCAAUAUCAAGUGAAUUAAUCAAUCAUUUAUGGGAAACUGCAAAAUCAUUUUUAGAUAAAUCUUCAUCAUUAAGAAGAACCGGUUGGAUCAUAAUUGCUGAGUUAAUGAUGGUUCCAUAUUUUGGAACAACUAAUAAAGUGAAGGAAAUUGGAAUAUUAAUAGAAAAAAAUCUAACUUCUAAAGAGGAGAUUAAGGAUGAAUAACAAUUAUUGAGUUAUUGUAGUGUUGGUCUAGUCAUUAUUUCAAUACUAAAUAGUAGCACAUUAUCAAAAUAAAUUAAGGAUACAACUAGAAAGUUUUUAGCUUAACAAACUAUUUUGAUGUUUGCUAAGUUAUCAUAAUGCAAAUUCGAUAAGUAAUCACCAUUUGUGAUAUCUUCGAAAUAUGUAUUUUAUUAGGCAAUCAGAUAAAUUCAACCAAAAUAUUAUUCAAAUGAAUUAAAUUCACUUGUAUAAUUUUGUCUUGAAGAUAUAAUAAAUGGAAAUUCACUAUGGAAUUAAGUAAAUGUUCAUAAAAAUAAUCAUUAUGUUGAUGAACUUAUGGGAAUUCCUAGAUCAGAAUUUUAGUUAGUAUUAGCAGCUAGCAAAUUUUUAGGUCAUAUCAUUUCUUCACAAUCUUUUACCCUCAAAAAUAAAAUCAAUUUCAUUAGAUAUGUAAAUGGCACUCUACAAACAUAAGUUGUUAAUAUUAAAGAUAUCUAAUAGAAGUAAUCUAAACAAUAAUGUUAUUUAUUUUGUCUAUAUUAAAUUGCACUUAAAAUUUAUUAGGCAAAUUCACUUGUAUCUCAAGAAUUCAAUGAACAAAUAUUUCAAAUUAUUAAUUUGUGUUAAUGUGUUGAUAAUUAAAUCCAAUAAUUGUGUGCCCACCUUUAUUGUUCAAUGUUAUAAAUUAAGGAUGUUGACCAAGCAGAAUAAUUAAACCAAUUGUUAUCUUAAAAGUCAUAAGCUAAUUUCACCUAUUUAGUUUUAGAGAUUCUGAAAAAGAAACUUACUGGGAGUUUAAUUACAAGUGCAAAAUCUUCUGAUGAAAUUAUUCAACUAUUUUAGUAGAUUGACCCAAGUUUACUCAAAAAUGUGUGGGUGUUCCUUGUAUUUGCAAUAAGUUAAAGUGAUAAACCUAUCUAAAUAUGCUAGUUUAAAAUUCUUGCUGAAAUUAUUUUGAAUUAUGUUAGAAAUGGUGGUAUUAAGGACAAUUACUUUAAUAUCAUCUAUCAGGAAUGUAGAUGCAGACUAUAGUCAAAACAAUUCUAAAUUUUAUAAUUAGACUUUGCAUUAGAAUAAGACAAUGAAUAGACUGUUACAAAAGCUAUUAAUUUAUUAUUAAAAAAGCCAUCACUUAAAAUUGCAAUCUUUAUAGAUUAACUAACUGAUAAAUAUACUAUGCCUUCUUUAGUGUAACCUAUUUUAUUUGUUUUGAAUAAUUUAUUUUCUAAUUAGAGAGUUCAUUCAACCUAAGAAUAAAUGGAACUUCGGAAUUUGAUGAAAAAUAUUUUCAUAAAAGUUUAUAACCAACCUAUUGCAGAGUUACUUCAACUUCUAUAGCCUUAUGUCUUAGAUGAAGUGAUACCUGAGCAAUAAGAAAGAAUACCAAUCCACAUUAAAACAAGAAUCUUUCUUCUAAAAAGAUUGUAAAAGCUAUUUAAAUAAUGUGAUACAUCAGAUCAGGUAUUUGAUUUUCUAUUCAAAAUUACAACUUCCAUCUAUGAAGAAGCAAAGGAAAUAUCAUUUGAUAUGUUCCAACACUUUUUUUACAAGGAGAAGGACCUAUUAAGUUUUGCAGCUCAAAUAGAUUCAAUAUUAUGUGAUACAAUUAGAAGAGAAAAUUAAAAUCCUCCUUCUGUAAACCUAACGAACAUGAAACUUAUUAGUAAAUUUGCUAAAAUUGUAAAAGAUGAAUUUUUGGCUACAAAAUUAAUUUAAUUAUUAUCUAAACCAUUGUUAGAUGAAGGCAGAAAGAAACUAGUACCUAGCUAAUUUUUUAGCGAAAAGUCCUAACUCAAUAUCCUAAUAUAGAGAAUUGUUUCAUUAGGAAGUAUCUACAGAAAAAUACCAAAAUACUUUGAUCAAGCUCUAAUAGAGUAGUUGAACUGCUAUGUCGAAGAAUUACUGGAGGAUAUAUUUGUGAUUCUAUGUACUCCAAGAUCUCAUGUAAGGGAAUGUCAGUCUUAUAAUUUUGUCUACAAUGGAAAGAAAUAUAGCUUUGACCAAGGCUUUCUCCAUCAAUCCUUGCCAAAACUACUGCGAAUCUCAAACCUUGAUAAGCCUAUCCACUUUACUUUAAUUGGCUACAUUAUUACAUAAUAUGGAGCAUUUGAACAAAAUGAGAAUAUGUUCAAAAAAACCAUAGAAAAUCUUACUAAAUAAAGAAUUCUAUAAUGUAGAUCUUAUAGAAUAAAGGGAAUCUAAUUACUCACUGAAGUUAUCAAUAAAAAUCCUCAAAAUUAAUUACUGAUUAGCGGAGUUCAAAACUUAUUACCUAUAAUCUCUGCAGAGGCACCUUAUUCUUUAGUUAUUUGUUAGCAAUUUUAUCAAACCCUUAUUCAUCAUUAAAUUGAUUUAUAACUAAUCCUUGAACCUUUGAUUCAAAUAUAUUAAUUGACAGUAGAUUAGAACUUAAAAUUAAAUUGUUUAGCAUCUUUAUUAAAAAUAUCCUAACAAAAUCCCUAGGCUUUAGAUUAAAUAAAUACUAUAUUUUGGGAUUUUUUACUCACCUAAGAAUAUGAAUUCAUGAGAUGCACGCAACUAAUUUAAUUUUAUAAAGAUAAAAUAUAUAGUUUAAAAUAUAAUGGCUAUAUUUCAACAAUUUUAUAAGCGAUAUCUAGUGCCUAAAAAAAGAGACAAGAAGAUUAUUACAUAUUAUUAAAUUUGGAUGGUUUAAUCAACAAUCAUAAUGAUAAUUAGGAAUAUUAUUAAUUAAUAGAUUUGCAUUUUACAAAUCUAUUAUAGAUUGCUUUGGCGUUAAUAAAACAAAUUAAAUAGAAUGUAUAGUCUAUAUUAAACUGUAUGCUCCCUGCAAUAUAUCGGAAAAUUUCAAAUAAGGAAUCGGAUUCAUAUAUAUUGAUAGGGAAGUUUUUAUUGCUCAGUUAUUUAUUGAGCAAUCAAAAAUAGCAAUUAUUCCAGAGUGCCUUCAGAAUCAUGGAUCUUUUCACAGAGGAAAACUUGGAUUCGUCUAUCGUUGAAGCUUCAAAAUAAAAUCUGAAAAUCAUAUUGAUGAAUACUUAGAUGAAUUAAUUGAAUUUACCAGAUGACUUAUCUGAAAAAGUUUAACUAAUAUAAGAUGAUAUUUAAAGAGAAAUUUAAGAAAAAUAAUAGAGAGAGGCUAAACAAAGACAGCCUUAGCAAUCAGGUUAAAUAGUACUAAAAAUGUUUGGGUGA